UUUGGUGCUGAAACUCGUGCAACGCCACACGUGACAGCCAUGACGCAAGCCAAGAGUUCAGUGCAGACGAUGCUUCUCUUGUUCCUCUUCUUUAUUGCAACAAGCCGCAGUCAAGUCCACACGUGCACGGUCGACGUCUCGACUCCCUCUCCAGACGCUCCUCCACUGCCAAACCUCGCUUCACAGUUCACAACGAGAAUCGAAGCGAACAUUGAAAACAGAGGCUACACAAUAGACACAGUCGAAUAUUACGACGAACCGAACAACCGCGGAAGACUGGAUUUCUCAGGUGGAACGUUCUCAACACCUCAAACCCGCAUCUACACCUUCGCCGACAAUCAAUGGUUCAGCAUCAAUGGCACGCAAUGCACAGCGUAUCACCUCACGCCCAACGUCAGCUUUCGAGGGCUUCCUAUUACUUUCGAUCCUGCCGGCCAAGCCCACAUCCGGGGUGUCGCGGAUCUUUUGAGAUUCGGAAAGCAAUACAAUGAAACGUAUUUGGGGCGAGAGGAAGUGCGUGGCAUACAAGCGGAUCGAUGGAGAUCGUGCAUCGUAACAAGACGUAAUUUCAAUGUGACUCUAGAUUGGUACUUUGCAGCAGCUGAUUGGCAGACCACAGCUGAUGGAACGCCCCUCCGUCUCAUUGUUGAGGGUGUCGCUCCCAACCGUACUGAUCCAAAUAAUCCGACAGCCAAUGUGAGCGGAUUUCACCACUUCAAGCAUUCCUACGAGUUUGUCUUCUUCCAGCCAGGACCAGCUGAUAAUCUACUAUUCCAGCUACCUCGAGGAAUAUAUUGUGAUGGCACUCAGUUAGCCAAAAAUCUCCCUCCAAUACCAAAUCAGUUUUCCACAAAAGUACAAAUUAUUGAUGCUGUUAACAACUCAAUCAUAACUAUCGAUGAGUUUUACGAUAUUAAAAGGCAGCAAUUUUUGUUUCAAAGUCCUCAGAUCACUUCACUGCAAGACUUACAUAUUGGUGUUGGUUUUUACCUGACCAGUUCUUACUGUUACACAUAUCCAAUCACUACUUCACUACUCCAGAUGCCAGCUGGGCGUAAUAUUUUCCAACUUUCUCCUGAUGGACAGCAUCUACAACUGCGACCAGUGAGAGAUUUAUUUGGACUUGCUAAAGAGUUCAAUGUGUCGUAUGUGGGUGUUCGAACUGUCAAUGACAUUUCAUGCGACGUCUUCCAGGAGCAGAGAGUCGAUUAUCCACGUUCUGGCAAUACAACUAUUGUUGAAUUGUCAUAUUCCAGAAAGUCGGUGACUUAUUACAAUCAUUCAAACGUUCCCGUUCAUCAAAUUCCUGUCAAGUAUGAGGUAUAUAGUAAGGAAUUGGUGGGAAGGUUGCUUGAUCCUCCACCACCAGGCGCCUUUCAUCAAAUCUAUAAUAUAUAUGAUUUUGAACCGACUCCUCAUCUUGUGCAUAAUGCAGACAUCGGACAGUGUUUUAAUUUGAGCGUCAACGUCUGGUUCCAGUUGAUCGGAGAGUUGGAUGAUUUUCGUCAGCAAAGUAGAAAUUCAUUGAUUCGUGCUUGCACAGAUUCAGUGGCCGCAGCAGCUAAAGUUGAUGUCACACGUGUUUCAAGAGUUACAGUGAUACCAACAACUGGUGAUCGUUUUGUUGUUCAUGCACUGCUUUUGGGACUUCUGAGAAAUACAAGUAUCACGCCUUAUAUAUCAAUGGGAGCAACACUGGAUGAUGCUUUAGACAAUCUGAAUCAAACUAUUAUGAGUGGUCAACUUAAAGUUUCAGUGAAUAAGUCAUCAUCGUACUCAAGUGUAAGGGGAAGUCUCACUACCACCUUUCAAUCUCCACAACAUUCGUCACCAUCUCAAUGUCCUACCCCUGCUUCUCUAACUAAAGCUGCUACUGCAGUCAUGCCAACAAAAGAUGUAAAUGUCACUUCAUCAUCACCAUCUUCACCUCACAUGAGUGGAAAGGGGUCAUCGUCUGGAUAUUCUGCUGGGUCGAUGGCAGGUCUUGCUAUUGCCAUGCUUAUGGCUGGUGUAGUCAGUGGAUGUGCAGUGAUGUUUUUUGUUAUGAAACGGAAAGCAACUGCAGAAUUCGGCUAUGGUAAACAGGGCAAUGUCAAUUGAACGGGUCUUGUAUUGCAUAGAAUAUUAGCAAUUUUUGUGGAUUUCUGAUGCAGAUUUGUUAGUUGUGUAGCAGUUUAGAUUAUUGUGAUACGGUUAUUCAAAUACCUGUAUUAUGGAUAUGAAGCACAGCUGUUGAUGAUAGAAUAUAUGAAGAAGCUUGA